AUGGAUAUCGCUUUAUACGUGACCAACAUUGCUGUCAACACCGUGGUCAUCGUUGUAGAUAUAGCCGUUAUAUUUCUUGCCAUAAAAACGAAGGAAAUCGCUCAACACCUUAUUCUGUGGACAAUUUUUCUAUGUAUGGGCACGGACAUUGCUGUUUAUUUGAACACAAUAUUUCACGAUGUACCGAGUUUUUUCAUGGAUGCGGAUCUUUUCAAAACUCCAGAGCAAGCAUACAUUUCGAUGCUUUUCCUCCAUUUGCAGUGGUUCAGCCAGCUGUUCACCCUGUUGGUGCUCUCAGCCCUUCAUUUUAUAGCUGCAUUUUUCCCAGUGAAGUUUCGUGCGAUUUUGCCACAACAUAUGCGAAUGAUCAAUCUUCUUAUCGUCUUUAUCGGUAUCCUACUUACAGUGCCUACGUAUACGCCCUACUGUGGCUUUUCCUAUAUAGUUGAAGGCCACUACUGGUUCUUUGACUUGAACAAACCGUACUCACACCUAUACUGGAGUUGCAACAUCAUUUUGCAGGCAAUCUGUGCAAUUGUGGUAGUUUGCGCGGACAUAGCCAUCAUUUGGAAAAUUCGUAUGCUUCGAAUCGCUGUGACGAAGAAACACACCAGCUCUUUUCUUUCUACUAUUGAUACAGUGAUGGAAACGGUAUCUUAUGUCAUCUCCGUAUACCUUCGACAGACAGAGGAAAUCAUGACAUGA